AUGUCAUCACUUCGAGCAAGCUAUCAAGUUGCCAAGCUCGUAGCGCGCACUGGCAGAGCAUUCACAGAGGGAGAAUUUGUUAAAGAAUGCCUCCUUUCUGUGGCCAAAGAGAUGUGUCCAGAGAAGGCGAAUUUAUUUAGUAUAGUGAGUCUUUCAGGACCUGCAAUUACACGAAGGACUGAAGAAAUGGGGGAAAAUUUGAAUCUGCAGUUGCAAAACUCCUCUAAAAAACUUUGCUGUUUCUCAUUGGCACUCGACAAAAGCAAUGAUGUUUGUGAUUCUGCACAACUUCUAAUUUUCAUUCAUGGGACAAAUGAUUCUUUCGAAGUCACAGAGGAGCUUGCUGCACUGAAAAGCACCAAAGGAACAACUACAGGAGAGGAUAUCUCUGAGAAAGUUUGCCAAACUAUGAAUGAUUUGGAGCUGGACUGGGGUAAACUAUUCAAUGUGACAAAUGAUGGUGCUUCUAGCAUGGACGGCUCCAUGAAAGGAGUGGUUGCACACAUUAACAAAGAGAUGGACAAACGCAGCCAUUCACAUCCAAUAGCCAUACACCGCAUCAUCCACCAACAAGCCCUGUGUUGUAAAUCACUGAAGCUGGACUCUGGAAAGUAUCAGAAGGCGGCUGUAUGGAGUCCCCUACGACAAGUUGCAGAAACUGUUGAAGAAGAAGGUGAAUCAAGCCAGUUUGCAGCAGAGAAAGCUAUCCAGCUGGCUUUAGACAUUUCUAAAGGAGAAAGAUGGCCAAUACUUUACCUCUAUCCUGACUCAUGGAUGGUGGAAAACGUCCUAGUGGAGAGACAAGGUUCGGCCGGGGCUCCCAGUCCACCCCCAGGCGAACAAGAGGAAGAAAUUCCACAAGUUAUUUAUAAAGAAAGCCAAACACCCGGUGCCACACAAGGAAACACAAAAACUGCCAUUACGGCUCCAAAUAGUCCAGUGUCUUCACGCACCAGACAGAAGUCUAUUUUACAGGCACCCCUCCGAGAAGCCGUAAAUCCGGACGGAGGAACAAUGAAAAUAAAAGUUCCGUUCACGGGCGCUGAUCUGAGAGAAUGGAAAGAGGCUGCCCGAGAAUACCGUAAUGAUCCGAUAAAGACGGCACAGAAUUUUAAAUUUCUAAUAAAACAGCACAAUCCUGACUGGAGUGAUAUACAAUUAUUAUUAGAUUGUUUGACUGAAACUGAAAAACAAUUAGUCAUAAAAACAGCGGGGGAUCUCGCAAAGGAACACUAUAAUAUAAAGGGAGAUAAUUAUAGAGAAUGGUUUCCUUUGUUGGACCCGGAAUGGGACCCAAACCGCGCCGCUGAAAUGGGAAGAUUACAGGCAUACCAGGAAUGGAUAUUCAGAGGAAUGGAGAAAGCAAUUCCUAGAACAAUAAAUUGGGCAGCGUUAUAUGAGGUCAGACAGGGUCCUUCUGAAACACCUUCAGAAUUCUUAGACAGAAUAAGAGAUGCAAUGCGCCGGCACACGUCUCUGGACCCAAAUUCGGAGGUAGGCGCACAGCAACUAAUAUCCCUCUUUUUAGGACAAUCACAGGGGGAUAUUAGGCGCAAGUUGCAAAAAUUGAGACCUCCUGAAAAUAGAGACUUGGAAAAAUUAGUAGAGGAAGCAUGGAGAAUAUUUAGUAAUCGAGAAGAAGGUUACAAGCAGGACCAAAAGAAAAUAUUAGCAGUAUUAAUAAAAUUAAAACUAGGAGAAGAACAGGAGGAGGUGGAAUUUUUAAUAGACACAGGAGCCACCUAUUCGGUUUUGAACCAGGCUUUAAUGCCUUUGGGAAAUGAUUAUGUUUCAGUAAAAGGUGCAACUGGCCAAACUGAAAAGGCUUAUUUUUGUAAACCUUUAAAAUAUAAGUUGGGAAAACAGAUGGGGAUCCAUAAAUUCCUAUUUAUGCCAAAUUCCCCAAAGGCCCUUCUUGGUAGGGACUUAUUAGAACAAUUGGAGGCAACAAUCAAAUUUAAAAAAGGGGAAGUUACUCUGGAGGUAAAUAAUCAUCAAUACAUACAGGUUAUGAGCCUAUCUCUGGCCAAUACUCCUAUAAAAAGGGAAAUUGAUACCAGAAUUAUUGAUCAGGUAUAUCCCGGAGUAUGGGCAAUUGACAUACCGGGACGUGCCAAGAAUGCAUCACCUGUAAUAGUAAAACUGAAGGAAGGACAGAGUGCGGUAAGAAUUAAACAAUACCCACUGAAAAGGGAAGAUAGGGAAGGAAUUCGUCCAAACAUAGAGUGAUUCAUAGAACUAAAACUACUAAAAGAAUGUGAGUCAGAAUUUAACACACCUAUCCUCCCAGUUAAAAAACCUGAUGGGUCUUAUAGGAUAGUUCAAGAUUUAAGGGCCAUUAACAAAAUAACAGAGGAUCUGUAUCCUGUAGUAGCUAACCCCUAUACCUUACUAACCACCCUGACACCUGACCUAGCUUGGUUCACAGUUUUAGACUUAAAAGAUGCCUUCUUUUGCCUCCCUCUCCAUGAAGCCAGCCAAAGAAUUUUUGCUUUUGAAUGGGAAAAUCCCAGAAGCGGUCGAAAGACCCAGCUCACAUGGACGGUGUUGCCACAGGGGUUUAAAAAUAGCCCCACAAUUUUUGGAAACCAAUUAGCAAAGGAUUUGGAGUUAUGGGAACCACCGUCAGAAGAAGGGAAAGUGUUACAAUAUGUAGACGAUCUUCUUAUUGCAACCAGAACCGAAGAAUCUUGUAUUAUUUGGACUGUGAGUCUGCUGAACUUUCUGGGACUACAAGGAUAUCGAGUUUCUAAGAAGAAGGCACAGGUGGUGUUACAACAGGUCACAUACCUAGGGUACGAGAUCAGUGCCGGACAACGGGUCCUGGGGAAGGCCCAAAAAGAAGCCAUAUGCCAAGCCCCCCGACCACGAACUGUAAAAGAACUGCAGACAUUUCUGGGAAUGACAGGAUGGUGCCGGCUUUGGAUAUGUAAUUAUGGUUUGCUUGUUAAACCAUUAUAUUCCCUGAUAGCAGCUAAUCAGAAGGAUCUUCAGUGGGAUGCUGAAUCAGACAGAGCUUUCCAUGAACUGAAGAAAGCCUUGAUGUUGGCACCAGCACUAGGACUUCCUGAUGUGAGUAAGCCAUUUUUCCUAUUUUCCCAUGAGAAACAGGGAAUGGCAUUAGGAAUACUGGCACAAGAUUUGGGACCAUACAGACGGGCAGUGGCAUACUUCUCUAAACAGCUGGAUGCCACUGCAAAAGGGUGGCCUGGUUGCCUGAGAGCAGUAGCAGCCGUCAUCCUAAACAUCCAGGAGGCCCGGAAGUUUACCCUGGGCCAGAAAAUGACUGUCUUAGUAUCCCACACAGUGUCUGCAGUCCUUGAAGCAAAAGGGGGGCAUUGGCUCUCCCCACAGAGAUUCCUAAAAUACCAGGCCAUAAUGGUAGGACAAGAUGAUGUUGAGAUCGUGACUACAAACAUCGUAAAUCCGGCCUCAUUUCUUAAUGGGAAUAUUGGAGAAUCAGUCGAUCAUGACUGUCUAGAAACAAUCGAAGCCACUUAUUCUAGUCGGACAGAUCUCAAGGAUGUUCCUAUUAAUGGAGCUGAACAUUGGUUCACGGAUGGGAGCAGCUAUAUGCUGAAUGGAAAGCGACAUUCCGGAUAUGCUGUUACAACCUCUGAAGAAGUGAUAGAAUCGGGGCCGCUACCAGCUGACACUUCGGCACAGAAGGCUGAAAUCAUAGCCCUUACUCGAGCUCUGGAGAGAGCUCGGGGAAAACCUAUAAAUAUUUGGACUGAUUCUAAAUAUGCCUUUGGAGUGAAAGAGCCAAUGAACCAGUUUCAUUGA